CAUGUUUUGUCUAAGAGUAGUUAUGCUGUGUUUCUUUCGGAUCAUUGCACAGCUUCUUUCAGAACGGCUUAUUCUGUUUGUUGCUCUUGAUGUGAGAAGGAUAAAAGAUGGAAAUGCUGAAACACUCUAUCCUAGAUCAUCCUUUGCCAUCAAUUGUACCGGUGAUGUCUGCAAAGGAGAUGUUGUUUUGUUUACACAGAAAGUAUACAAGAAGUUUGGAAAGAGAACUAUUGCUGGGAGAGUUGUUAAGGAAAGCUAUGGUGCUGCCAAACAACAACAUACAUUUACAACAUACUUGGGGAUCCAAAUAUUCAGGUUUUAUUUCAAAUGCACUAAUUACUCUGCUGAGUUAACAACAAAGACCGACCCGCAAAAUUCAGACUAUGUUGUUGAGUUGGGUGCAUCACGGAAUUUCGAACCUUGGCGUGCAAAGGAUGAGGAAGCAGAUAAGGAAAAACAAAAAAGAGAAACUGAAGAGAUGGGAGAUGCAAUGAAAUCCUUGGAGAAUAGAACCUUAGAUUCAAAAAGAGAGAUGGACAUCCUUGUUGCCCUUGGAUGAAGUGAAGUCCAUGAGGGUACUUGCUUAGUCAAAUAACUAAUACGCAGUGAACAUAAU